AGUUACUGUCUGUUUUCGGCAACGAAGCGCCACAUCAGUCGACAAUUUCCCGUUGGUAUGGAGAAUUCAAACGUGAAACUGUUAUUGCGGAUUGGUAUACCACCAUUUGUUUGCCAAAAGUCAUCACCGAGCUUCGAAAAAUCAACUCCGAAAGAAGAAUCAUCCUCCACCAAGACAAUGCAAGCUCGCAUACAGCCCAAAAAAACAAGGCAGUAUUUAACGAAAGAAAACGUGGAAUUAUUGGACCAUCCUCCAUAUAGUCCCGAUCUAAGUUCUAACGAUUUCUUUACUUUCACGAACAUAAAAAACGGACUGCGUGAUCAAAGGUUCCAGUCACCAGAAAAAGCAGUUGACGCAUUCAAAAAUCCCGUUUAGGAUCUGGCAGAAAACGAGUGGAAUAAGUGCUUCGAAAAUUCGUUCGAGCGCAUGCAGAUGUGUAUUAAUCUUCGUGGAGAAUACUUCGAAAAACAAUAAAGUCAUUUAAAACUACCUACCGUGUUGUUUUAGUUCCAUAUGCAAAACUUGAAAGAUAUCCCUCG